AUUUAAGCACAGAGGCAAAGUAGGCAAUUGCUCUAACACAAAAAUAGUAGUAAUGAGUAGCAGUGAGUAGGCGCUGCCUUAUCCCAACUUCUGGGUCAAUAUAUACACAAUGCAAACAAAAUGUGCAACAGUUACUUCCUAAAUGAUCUGGUGCCCUUUAACUGUUGCUGAAUUACAACUCCCAGAAUCCUACUGGUAACAGAAGGGAGUUGCUAUUAAACGGUGUGCAUUAAAAAAAAGCAUUACUGUGAUGACGAGUGCCUGCACAUAUGGUUCCACGAUUUGUCCACAUGGGUGUUUCAUUGGCUUAAUUAUAGUCCCUCUUUGUUAGUGUGUCAGGAGCAGGUUUCAGGUUUCUGUGGCACAAAAGCUGUAAAUCUCAGUGCACAAAAGCUUUAUGUCGUGCACAGAUUUCCUGCUUUGUAAUAUUGUGAUAUAUCAGGCAGGGGGUGUCCCAGGCUCACAUAUACUGGGCAUGAGGAAAUAGGUGUGGUAAGUGUAGGAAGUGCUGUGUGAGUGUGGCUUUUUACUUGGGGCAGACAGUGACUCUUGCUGCCAGUCACCAUGGACAGCUCUUGCUGAGCACACUUCGGGCUUUGUUCUGAGAAGCAUUGGGUUUUCUGGGACUCCAACGCAGAACCUGGACAUCUAACAAGAACGCAAAGCCCUGCUGCCUGCGAGGUCUGCAAAGAUGGACUUCAAAUCAUCCUUCAUGGAUGGGAUGGUGGGAGUUGGGGACAUGAUCCUUCUCGAGUCCAUCUCCGAAGAUUCACUUCUAGUGAACUUGAAGGAAAGAUUCAAAAGUGAUGAAAUCUAUACAUAUAUAGGAAAUGUUGUGAUUUCGGUGAAUCCCUACAAGCCGCUGUCCAUUUAUACGCCAGAGAAAGUGGAGGAGUACAGGAACUGCAAUCUGUACCAGCUGAAGCCACACAUUUAUGCUGUUGCUGAUGAUGCCUAUCAGUCACUACGAGACCGAGACAGAGACCAGUGCAUCUUGAUUACAGGGGAGAGUGGAGCUGGAAAAACAGAGGCCAGUAAACUGGUGAUGUCCUACGUGGCAGCUGUAUGUGGGAAAGGGACAGAAGUGAAUCAAGUAAAAGAGCAACUCCUACAGUCCAACCCUGUCCUGGAGGCCUUUGGAAACGCCAAGACCAUCCGCAAUGAUAACUCGUCCAGAUUUGGGAAAUACAUGGACAUUGAAUUUGACUUUAAAGGAGAUCCUGUGGGAGGCGUAAUCAGUAACUAUCUACUGGAGAAAUCCCGUGUGGUCAGGAAUGUAAAAGGAGAAAGAAAUUUUCACAUAUUCUACCAGCUUCUUGCCGGAGGGGGCACUGAGCUCCUAGGAAAACUAAAACUGGUCUCCGACUGCAGCAAGUACAACUACUUGAAUAAUGAUCCCAGCAGUCUAAAUGGAAUGGGAGACGUUGAAAACUUUCAGAUUGUUAAGAAUGCCAUGGAGAUUAUUGGACUUUCCAAUGCUGAGGUGACCUCAAUUUUAGAAAUUGUUGCUGUGAUACUGAAGUUGGGAAAUGUAGAGAUCAAGGGACAAUUUCAAGCCAACGGAAUGGCCUCCUGCUACAUUACAGACACAAAGGGCAUAAAUGAGAUUGGCUCUCUGAUUGGCCUGGACUCCUCCAUGUUGGAGAAUGCAUUCAGUAUACGCACUGUAGAAGCCAAACAGGAGAAGGUUGUGACUACGCUCAAUCAAUCCCAGGGAAUCUAUGCCCGGGAUGCCCUUGCUAAGAAUCUCUAUGAUCGGCUUUUCAGUUGGCUUGUUCAGAGGAUUAAUGAAAGCAUAAAAGUUUCAGAGUUCCAAGGGAAAAAGGUCAUGGGUGUGCUAGAUAUUUAUGGCUUUGAGAUUUUGGAGGUCAACAGCUUUGAGCAGUUUAUCAUUAAUUACUGUAAUGAAAAAUUGCAGCAGAUAUUCAUUCAGAUGACACUGAAGGAAGAGCAAGAAGAAUAUACAAGAGAGGGUAUUAAAUGGACACGGAUUGUCUAUACUGACAAUGAAGUCAUCUGUAACCUCAUAGAAGAUAGCACAAAUGGAAUCUUGGCAGUGCUAGAUGAAGAGUGUCUGCGCCCAGGCAAGGUGUCUGAUGCCACUUUCCUUUCCAAGCUUGGCACAAAGUUCAAAAAUCACAAACACUUCCAGAGUAAGGUCACUCAGAAUGAAAAGCGUAUUGCCGAUCUAACGUUGCCUGAUAAUUGCUUCCGCAUUGAACAUUAUGCUGGCCAGGUAACAUACAACACUGAUGGGUUUUUGGACAAAAAUAAUGACCUUCUCUUCAGAGACCUUUCCCAAGCCAUGUGGAGUGCCAAGCACCAACUUCUGCAAACUCUUUUCCCAGAAGGCAGUCCAAAGAACUCUUCACUGAAACGUCCUCAUACUGUCGGAUUCCAGUUCAAAAACUCUGUAUCAACUCUCAUGAAAAAUCUGUAUGCCAAAAACCCCAACUAUAUCAGAUGCCUAAAGCCCAAUAGUUCAAAGAAGCCAUCCUUAUUUGAUGAUGCCCUUGUGAAAACUCAGAUACUUUACCUGGGACUGCUGGAGAAUGUGAAAGUCCGCCGGGCUGGAUUUGCCUACAGACAGUUGUACAAGCCUUUCCUGGAACGCUACAAGAUGAUUUCCAAGCAGACUUGGCCACAUUGGACAGGAGAACCACGGGAUGGAGUGGCAGCAAUAAUGGCAGAGUUAGAUAUUUCUUCUGAAGAAGCAGCACUUGGACAUACCAAAAUAUUUAUCAGAACUCCAAGCACACUGUUUGAUUUGGAGGAAAGACGCAGACGUCGAUUGGAUGAGUUGGCGACUACAAUACAGACAGCUUUCCGUGGAUGGCGAUGCCGCACUCAUUUUCUGCUCAUGCGCAAGAGCCAGAUUAUCAUCUCUGCCUUUUACAAGGGGCAUGCUCAAAAGAAGAAAUAUCAGAACAUUAAGUUCUCAGCAUUGCUACUCCAAGCCUAUGUUCGUGGCUGGAAGGCACGUGUACUGAUGCGUAAACUGAAGCUGGAAAAACGUAAGGAGACUGCAUCCUCAACAAUAUGCGCUUACUGGAGGGGGUACAAGGUGCGAAAAGAAUUCCGAAAACAGUUUAGGUCCACAGCAUCAAAGAAGCUGGCUAACUUUAUCUACCUAAGAAUUCUGCAAAUGUAUAUUAUUGGCCUGAAAAAUAAUAUGCCAUCAAUGUCCCCAACAAACAAAACAUGGGCUCCACCAAAGUACAAGUUUCUUGCACCUGCCAGUCAACAACUCAUGAGGAUAUUCCACCACUGGAAGUGUAAGAAAUACAGAGAAAAUCUAACACCCCAGAGGAAAGCUAUUCUACAGGACAAACUAUGUGCCAGUGAGCUAUUUAAUGGCAAAAAGAAAUGUUACCCUGCAAGUGUUGCCAAACCAUUCCAGGGAGAUUAUGUGGGUGUCCAGAAUAAUCCCAAAUUACAAAAGGCUGUCAGUGGUGUUUCUGGAACAUUGCUGGUUGCUGCCAAUGUUCAAAGAAUCACCAAAACUAAUGGCAAGGGAUCCCCUAUGAUGUUAUUGUUGACAAACACCCAUUUAGGCCUCACAACUACAAAAGGCCAAGUAAAAUCACUAGCCAAGUUGGACGAGAUCGCCAGUGUUUCCGUCAGCAAGUUCAACGAUGGAAUUUUUGUAAUCCAAUUGACUCCGACUGCUACUGCAGGAUUAAAAGGAGACUUCCUACUGUCCAGCGUAAAUACCAUUGAGAUUCUGGCCAAGCUGUACCAAUCUGUACUGGAAAUCACAAAAAAUAAACUAAAUAUUGAGAUCAGCGAUGAAUUUUCGGUAAAGUUCAAAAAGGAUCCAAUAGCUCUGAAGUUCAUUGAAGCAAGUGUUCAGAAUGGCAAGGGUCCCGUGUACAAGAAGAAAGGCAGCCAAAGAGUGGAAGUGUUUGUAUAGUGAUGAUGAGAGUAUGAAUGGGGCUUUAAAACCUGCUUGAACCUGAAGGAGAGGUAGUCUUCAUAAUCAAGAGUUUCCAAACCUUACCAUGAUCUACAUCUCCCCUGCAAGCCACAAUGGAAUCAUUUCUGCAGCAGGUUUAGGAGAUCUCUAGUCUUGGGUCGUAUUCUCAUCCCUUUUUAUUUCACAGGUUUCACACCUUUCCGUCCGCUAUUAGUCCUCCACCUCUUCUGCCUUGAAGUGUCAAAGGCUCCUUCCCCUUUCUAUGCAUAUUGGCACCUUGUAAUAAUCAGAAAAAGUACAUGCUCUGAGGACUAUUUUCUCUCUCCCGAUGAUGAGCCCAAGCUGUUGUAUAGUUGCAGUUGCUGUAAAGAAUCAUUUUUUUGUGUUUAUACAGUAAUUUGACUGCUGCACUUCCAGUUCCAAGAGAUGAACCUGUGCAACUACAUUGUGCUGUUUAUAUAAUGCUCCCCUUGAGUAGCCACCACUAUAUUAUAGUAUGACCUUAGGCAUAUUUUAAUAAAGGAUUGAUUUUACCUCAAAUGCAUUCAGUAUCUAAUUAAUUAUGCCAAAAACUUUAGAAAUCCUCCAAUUCCAUUUCAUUUUUGGACAAAGGCCUCAAAUAUAUACCUCGUAUUCUGGAGACAGAUUUCCAUAGGUGCAAAUUCAUAUUCAUAUCUGUUUUUUUUUUUUUAUUGUUUUUCUUCCUCAUGGAAAAAAUGCAAUAGAGGCAAAAUUGCCACAAAUAGUAGAUGAUGGAUGAUCGCAUAAAUAGAAUAGCGAGUGAUUGAAUUCUAUACAGUUUAAUGCUCAAAGUGACAAGGAGAUAGAACUUUGGCAUAUCAUCAAAUAUGUUUUAAAAUCUAUUUACAUUUAUUUAUAACCUGUUAAAAUUAAACUGAAGCACAGACUAAAAAUGGUAAAUUAUUUAUGGUAUAAUGACAUGUUUCAGGCCAUAAUGCCUGUAUCCUUGAGAAUUUCUUUCUUUACAUAUAUACUGUUGCACCCUUCUGUUAGGGCUCUUACAGACGUUUUUGCGUGCGCUCCCCUGCGUUGCGAUUUCGUCCGCAUGUAUGCACCAAACGCAACAUGCUCUGUCCCAACCUGCGUUUGCCGCAUACAUGCGUCUGUGUGAGUACAGCCCCCUUCAAAAUAAUUGAGUGCGUCUACUCCUGCGCUCCCCUGCGGCUGAACGGAAGAAAGCGAAACGCAGGGAAGUGCAGGCAAAAACGGCCAUGUGUAAGAGCCCUUAAGGUAGAAGUCAGGCUGCAGGGUUGCAUUAUCUCGUUUGAGCUCAACACAACCUUGCCUGGCUGUACUGCUGCAAAUGUAAAGAGAACACAAGCAUCUUGUUCAUCAACAUGUCAUUAUCCCUGUUAGAAAUGGAUAUUUUAAGAGCUGCCAUCCUUAUUCUGAUCUCGGAACAAAAACAAAUCAUAUGUAACUUAAGGAUAAGCAAUUCUUCACUGUAAAGAUUGUUCUCUUUCUUCGCCUGUGCCUUCUUAAGCAGUAUGUCAAUUGGUAUUAAUAAACAAUUUAUUUCAAACGCA